AACGAAAAACUAAAAAGUCUGUAGUUGGCAAGAAAGUUGGUCCUGAAUAGAAAGGAUAUAGUAACACCACGGACUAGGUCACUAGACUGAAUGGAAUUAAAGAAUCCAUAUAUAACAAGUCGAGGCUCGAGACAGGACUAGCAAUUGUACAGCAGGAAAAAUAUGAAACCUGCUAAUGGAAUUGCUUUACUUAAGCAAUAUUUCUUCGUGGCUCUGAAGAGCACGUUAAUACUUUUUCUGCAAAUUUGAAAUGCUGAAUACAUUCACAUUUACUGCAUAUCUGCUACUGCCCCUCAAUAUUUACUUAUAUGUCUUUUUUUUAUUCUUACCCGUUUGUGCUUAUGAAUGCCACACCACGACAGCCAAUUGCCGGGGGGACUGGGGAAGUUUGCCACUAGUAACCCCAUUUCCAGACAGCUGCCAUACCUAAGCAGCUCUGUACUUUUGCUUACAUAACAUUCUGCCCAACUCUCAAAACAUCUGCAAUUUACACAUUUGACAAUUAGACAGCUUUGAAAAUCCUUGUCAAGUAGGAUACGUCAUGUACAGUGCAAUAGUGAUUAUCUGACAAAGUAAGUUGUGCUCAAAAUACUAGUUUCCACAGGCAGAUUUGUCAACUCUGAUCUCACUGUAGUGUUACCUCAACGUCCCUUUUUCUUCUACAUAAGCAAAUUUCUAUAACUUUAAAUGCGUGCUUAAAUUGUUCCAAACUUUGCUUUUCGUUCAGCUGGAACGUAAUCCACGAAGGUUCCUUUUCCAACCAGGAACUGGCAACAGCAGCAGUUCCACGUUCCUUUUAACAAACCCAGCCCAUAUUUUGUUCGUCCCAGCUUGCCAAGUGUAUGUGGAUGUUACACAGUCAUAUCUCAAAAGAGGACUUACACGACGCUUUCCGUUGCUGAGACUAAGCCGUGACAUUAUGCGCGCACCUGCACACAGCCCUUACAUAUUGUGAAAAAUAGACGUGGACGCGCAACAGGUAGUUCAGGUGAACUCCGGCAGGAACUCGUGAGUCAGGCUUUGUGGUAACAGGACCUCAACAGCACGCGAUUACCAAAUGGUCAUGAGCUGUAUUGUAUAAUUUGAGGAUCGACAUUGCUGAUGAAAUGCUGGACCUAAGUUUCUUAACGGAGGAGGAGCAGGAGAACAUUCUAAAAGUGCUGAAGAGGGAUGCAGACCUGAAAAAAAAGGAUGAUGAGAGAAUUAGAAAAGUGCAGAGGUCUAUUAAAGAUAAUAAUAAGAAGAAGUGGGUGACUGGAGAGUGGUUUGAAGAAGUAAAAGCCCAUCGGUUUCAAGACAUUUUACAAGGACCUGAACUGAUUCAAGCAUCAGUGCGAAGGAAAAGGAGCAGCCAAGAAACAAAUGUGGUUCAGAAUGGCAAUGGUUCUUCCAAUAGUCUCCCACUGGUUGCCAACACUCCAACUACAGAAUCAUCAGCUUUUGAGUAUUCCAGAUUUGAUAACGAUCAGUGUGAAAAACAGAAGCAGCCUAAACCCCUGCCAAAAUCUAAUGAGAAUAUAUUGCUGGAACACUCCACAUUACCACAGGCAGAAGACCAGACAGAAACAAUAUUUAAUACAAAGGAUGUGGGCUUUAAUAAUACCUCACCGGUGGACAGUGGCAUCGGAGAAAGUCCCCUACUUAUACCUGUUGGAGAUCUGCAGCUCUGUGAUGACAAUGAUGACAAAAUACAGUCUCCGGUGCAGAAAAAAUUUCAGACACACCAAGAAAAGGAUAUCACACGGCCUGAUUAUUUUGCCUUUGCAGAGACAUCCAGUGUUACCUUCCAGCAUCUUCCAGAUUCCUUGGAAAAUAAAACACCUGUGCAUAAUGAUGGUCUUACAGAACUAAGUAAGAAGAGUCUACAGGACAGUAGCGUAGAGGUACAAAGCAAAAUACCAGUUAAGAAAAAAGUAAUCAGUGGGUUGCAGCAAGUGGAAAUUUCCAGUGAUCUCAGGGAUCACAGAAGGACUGAAUAUGGGCAACAACACUCACCUGUGGAUUUUGGUUCAGCAUUACCAGAAGCAGAGUCUGAUAAGAUGAUUAAAAAUGAAAACAGUUUCUCAGUCGCUUCAAUGAAGGAUAAGCAGAAAGAACAGGACACAAUUACAGAUCCUACUCAGUUUCACAGUCUGAUGGUGUUUUGGGAGACUGGAGUACAUUCUGGUAAAAUGAAUGAUAACAUUUUACCUGGUGCAUCCAAGGCAUCACCAGAAAGGCAUACGUCAUUAGAAUUAGAAAGGAGCUGUGAUGGUGAUGUAAAACGGUCUACUUGUGCCGGCUCUGACAAAUUCCAGACUGGACAAGACAGGACAGUCUCUAACAUCCCUCUCAGGAAAAGAAUUUCAUACUCAAGAGAAGCAGUUGUUUCUUCUAGUGAGGAUGAGACAAACUAUGUUGUCACUCCAAGGAGGGGGCCAUUAGGUACUGCUCCUAGGUCCUCAUACAAGGGAGCAACCAUGGGAAAAAGUAUCAAUUUCUCUGAAUCAACAGGGAGUGAGAGUGUGAAUGAAGAAUGCAGGAAUGGACAUAAAAGCACCAAAAAGUCUAAACUACCUGUCAAGAUGUCCUCACAAUCUUCAUUUGAAAAAACUAAGCCACAACCUGAUGUCCCUUCUAAAGAGAAAAAUGGAAAUAAUGAAUGCCAUACACAACAUGUAUCACAAGAUGAGAACAUGAUCACAGAAAAGAGAGAACAAGUUACGGAGUCUUUGCAAAAUAAGGACACAGCUGCAUUAGAAGCGGAGAAUUCUGUUGAAACUGAACAUAGGGAUCGGGAUAGCAUCACUGAGGAUUGUAAGGAUGUCUUGCCAUCAAAAGAAAAUAAGCAUACUGAAACUGUGAUUCAUGAUUCAGAAACAACAUCUUAUGGAGACAGCAGUACUCUUUCAACAGCUAAUUCUGGCACAACCACAUCUGCUGCAAUGAUGGCCUUAACCAGGGCUGGUAGUAGUGGCACAGCAAAGAGCAUGGUGAACAUCUACACAAGUACAGAGACAUACAGUAAGCCUUUGCUGUUUGUCAAUGAACAUACAAACACAGACUUGUCAAAGUCAAAAGAGUUCAGCAAGUCCACACCUGCAUUGCUGAAUGAGAGUGAGUCAGAUUCUGCCUCGGAAAUCAGCCUACGUGUUGGGAAGCACAAAAAGACUCCCAGCAAUGCCAGUAAUUCAUCUGAUCUGGCAUCUGUGUCUUCGGUCAGUGGUAGCGUGCUGAGUGUUUACAGUGGUGAUUUUGGAAAUAUGGAUGCUCAAGGCUCAGUUCAGUUUGCACUGGAUUACAAUGAGAAAAACAAAGAAUUCCAGAUAUAUGUUGCUCAGUGUUCAGGCUUGGCAAUAGUGGAUGAAAAGAAAGCUCGUUCUGACCCGUAUGUUAAAACAUAUCUUCUUCCAGACAAGGCCAGAAUGGGUAAGAGAAAGACAUCAGUGAAGAAACGAACUGUAAAUCCUGUCUACAAUGAAAUAGUGCGGUAUAAGAUAGAGAAGAGUGCCUUGCUGGCCCAGAAAUUAAACUUAUCAGUAUGGCAUAAUGACCCCCUGGGGCGUAAUAGUUUUCUUGGUGAGAAUGAAGUGGACCUGACCAGCUGGGAUUGGAGCAACAGAAAACUGAACUGGUACCCUUUAAAACCUAGGUGUCCUACGGCAAUAAAUGGUGUUGACCACAGAGGAAUGAUUUACUUGUCUAUCAAGUAUAUCCCUCCAGGGACUUCAGGAUUUAGGAAUCCACCUACAGGGGAAGUUCAUAUCUGGGUGAAAGAUUGCAAAGACUUACCUCAACUACGACUUGCUGGCGUAGAUUCAUUUGUAAAAUGUUAUGUGCUUCCGGACACCAGUAAGAAGAGUUUUCAGAAAACACGUGUUGUCAAGAAAGAUACAAACCCUGUUUUCAACCACACCAUUGUCUAUGAUGGGUUCCAUACAGAGGACUUGAAAGAUGCAUGUGUGGAAUUAACAGUUUGGGACCAUGAAAAAUUAACCAACCAUUUCCUUGGAGGAGUUCGUCUAGGACUAGGAACAGGUUUCAGCUAUGGGAUCCCAGUUGACUGGAUGGAUUCUACACAGGAAGAGGUGGCUCUCUGGCAGGACAUGAUGUCAACACCCAAUGAGUGGAUAGAAGGGUCUCUUGCAUUAAGGUCAUCAUUAGGUGGAAAAAAGAAGUUAAAAUAAAGAACAUCACAAAUUAAAACAUUACUUUUACUGAAAAUCUUGAAAUUUCUGUCAACACCUCUAUGCAAUUUUAAUGUACUGUACUUUGUGGCCAUAUAAAAAUAGCUGUAAAAGUGUGCAUGGAAGAGAAAAAUCAGUAUAUUAUGGCUUGUUUUCCAUUCUUAGUUGAGACAGAAGCUACUGGCAUGCUACGAGAACUGGAAUGUGUUUGGUUAUAAACUGCACUAUUUUUGCCACAAUUAGAUAGAAAACCAUAGAGUGUAUCAUUUUUUUUUUUUGCAAAAGAAACCAUACAUGUAAAAUAUUUUAUAGAUAAAGUUAUGCUUUGGGAAAUGCAGAUGAGACAAUUUCACGUUUGCACUUUAAUAUAUUAAAUCUAAAGAAUGAAAGUGGUCAUUCUAAACAAAACCAUAAAGAAAGGACUGCAAUGUUAGUUAACACGGCAGUUACAAUUUUACUAGCAGCAUUUUAAAAUGUUUACUUUUCUUGCAGUAAGUGUAGAUUUUGAUGCAAGUAAAUGUAGCAUACAGAAUUAAAAGUACUUUAUUUUUGCCUUGUGCUGCUCUUGGUUAUAUAAUUAGCUGUAGCUCAGUACAGAUAGUUAAAUCCACUGCAUAUGAACUGCUUACCAUAAGUUGCAUGCAUCUGUUAAAAUUUCAGAUUUAAAAAGUUAUCACAUGGGGAAAAUGGGUGUUUUAUGCAGUUCUUUUAACUCUAAUUUUAAUAUUGUUUUAAUUUUAUCUAAACAAAUGCUGACCUCACAUUAUAGUGUUCUACAAUAAGACCAGAAAGAUGAUAGCUGUUCUGAAAAACAACAGCUAUAUUUUAAAACGUUAAAUUUAGUAUGCAUAUCUCACUGCUGAGCUGGGUAGCUAUAUUUUUAAAUAUUUAUGAAUAUAUCUGUAGCAUUUUAAUGCUGUGGUGACUUCCUGUGCCAAAGUUAAAGACAGCAAACAGCUCUUAAGUUGUUUUCCAGGGAUGUUUGCUUUCUAUUUGUAAGAUAUUUUGGAAUUUUCUAAAGCUCACUUACACAAUGUUCUGUAUAUGAUUUAAAUGCUUCUAUUUUAACUUUUAUGUUGCUACUAGAAAUGUCUUAGGAUGUAUAUAUUAUAUGAACUGGUUUACUUGCCUAUACCUGGAUUUAAAGAUAGUUCUGCUACUACUGAAAAAUGUGGCAUAGCUGUUGACCAUGUAGCUUGGAGUUUCUUGUCCACUCAUAUAACCAAAUGUGCCACCUCGUAACCACAAAUUGUGGAAGUUCUCCUUACAAUUUUGAGAAAAUUAUGCUUUUAUGUGUAACCUCAGAAAAGAAUAUACUUGUAGCUAGAUGACAACUUGCCUUUCUAUAGUUUCACUACCAUCACAGGACUGUUUAAGCACUAUGAUAUUCUCAAAACUCCCAAGAAAUAAAUGGUUUUCCUCUGCUUUUAUUAUCUUUAGAGUUGAGCAAUGGACUCCAAAAUUAAUAACAGAAGAGACAAAUGCACAUCAAUUUUGCUUCCAUCAGUGGGAAAAAAGCCUGGAUAAAAGUGUAAAUUUAACAUUUCAGAUUAUGUUAUUAAUUGUUAAUAUUAGCAUGUAGUAAAAAUGACUGAAAGUUCAGUGUGUGAUUUAAACAAAUCACUGCCACAACAGGAAUUGAUUGUUUUUUAACUUAAUAAUAAUAUGAGGUAUAGCUGUAAAAUGCUUUGGGUGGACCCUGAAAACAGUAAAAUCUUAAAUUGCAAUCUGA